AUGGCCAGAGGCCUUUUGAACAUAGUCGGUCCUUACCUAGAAGAUAUGGAAGAUAUAUGCCCUGGUGCCGGAGCUGAUUUUCUUGCUCUCAUAUCAGAUAGAGUGUCCCGAGAGAUUCGAGGCGAGAAUAUAUAG